AUGGUAGUAGGACUCGCCACUAGCCUGACUAUUGGUCUUCUAUUGAUUGUUAUUCUGUUGAUUGUUCGUGUGAUUCGACGCAAAUAUGAAUAUUUCGUAGCAAAUCAAAUUCCAGGCCCACCACCCACAUUUCUGCUCGGCAAUUUAGGUGUACUUUGGGGGACACCAUAUCCAAUGCGUCAGUUAGAAGCAUGGACACGUCAAUACGGAAACGUUUAUGGGAUGUUCGAAGGCAUUCUGCCAGUCUAUGUCGUUUCGGAUGUUGAUUUUCUUGAAGAAGUGUUCAUCAAACAGUUCAGUAAUUUUGAUCGACGAAAGCCUGUCAUUUUUUCGUUACCUGGAGACGAACGAGUCCACCUAGUAAAUGCCAAUGGAUCACGAUGGCGACGACAACGACAUGUUGUUAAUCCAACAUUCAGUAAAGCUAAACUGAAACAAAUGUUACCACUGUUCGAUGAAUGUACCAAAGAAUUCAUUCGUACGCUUGAACCUUACGCUGAUACCAACGCUCCAGUGAAUAUUCGUCCACUCUGUCAUGCAUUGAGUAUGGAUACAUUGUGUAAGUCUAACACUAGAGCAAUAUCAUCAGACAGAACUCUAUUUAGGUCGUUGUGCAUUUUCAUUCGACACGGAUAUACAACGGAAUUCAAACGAUCCAUACAUGAAAAAGUUGGAAGAGUUUAUGAGCAUCGAUAACCGAAAACUACUUUUUGUCAAAAUAAUUAACUUAGUGCCGGUGUUCGGCGAUUUUGUUCUUCAAAUAUUCACUCGAUUGUAUAGAUUACUAGCUGAUUUUAACGAAACAUUUUCAUUUGUUCAUUUUCCUGAACUACCUUUGCUUUGGCUAUUGGACCGAAUCGGUGAACAUGUUCUGCAUUUACGACAUGAUCUGAAGGAGGGUCAUCGUGUAGAUCUUCUUCAUCUUAUGCUCGAGGCAGCCACUGACGAAAAGGUUUUGGUAAGACACAUAGAAUAAUAUUGAAAUUUAAAUGCAAAACUUUGACUUUUUUUUCUACCAUUCUUAGGAUGAACCUGAUGCAUAUCAAGAACGGGUUACAACAUCACAUAAUAUGAGCAGCAAACUGACGUAUAAUGAAAUAAUAGGCAAUGUCCUUCUAUUUUUUGUUGCUGGUACAGAAACAACAUCGACUAUGCUCUCGUUAUGCAUGUAUGUAUUGGCUACUCAUCCUGAGAUACAGCAAAAAUUAGUGAACGAAAUAGAUACGACCAUUAAUGACAAUGUUCAGUCAUCAAUGUUCGAUAUGAUUGAAAAAUUAGAAUACAUGGAUAUGUUCAUUAAAGAAGUCAAUCGCAUGUAUCCCACCGCACCUAUUGUACUUAAUCGUUUGUGUAUGCAAGACACCACAAUAGGAAAAUAUUCGAUAAAAAAAGGUAUGCACUCUCAAAUAGGAACCUUCGAAUACAAUGGCUGCCAGAAUUAUUCGUCCACCUGUAACAUGUCGUUCUUUGUUCUCUUUGUCCUUUCAAAAUAAUGCAAGCGAGAUACCUCUGAUUUUCACCAUCGUAUAACUCUUCAUGUCGGAAAAGCGAUAAAAUGUCGAAUGAAAAAUGUCGAAAAAAAAUGUGGAAAGUGAAAAUGUCGAAGAUCAAGAUGUCGAAAAUGAGGAUUUCGAAGCAUAUGAGUAUAGGGUGGAGAUAUGCAUGCGGUUGUAGCCUUGGCAGUGGCUGCGGCCUUGACUGCAAAUGAAAAGCAGGCCCAUAUUCCCCCGCUGUCACACCAAAGACAAUCGCAACUACACCAGACUCACUUAAACACGUACCGGAAUCCACAAACUGCUACAGAUAACACCUCAAAUGCUACAAACAACACUUGCGAUGUUACAAAUAAAUCUUGAGAUGCGACAGAUAAGACCUGAAAUGCUACAAAUACCACUUGCAAUGCUACAGAUACCGCCUGAGACGCUCCGAGCAGCACAUGAGAUGCUAUAGACAACACCUGAAAUGCCACAAACAACACCCGAGAUGCUACAGAUAACGCCUAAAACGCUACGGACAACGCUUAGAUGCUACAGACAGCAGCUGAAAUGCUACCAGCAGUAUUUCCAGGCAGCUCCUAAAAUUUAUAGGUAGCAUGUUCAGAUAAUUUUCCAAAACUUACAUUGACUACGUGUAUUAGAAUUAAAAAUAAUCCAAACUUAAUGCUUUCGCUGUGACAUUAAUUAACUCUAAUGGCAAUAAUGCUGAAACAUCCGUGUUACUGAUUAAUGAUAAGGCAAAAGCAUAAGCCUUAGCAAUAAAUAAUGCUAAUGAUAAUUCUAAUGCAAUACUCCUAUACUCAUUCCACACCGACACCUACACCACAUUCACACCACGCCUCAGUUCGACAACAUUUAGACGUCAGUGCUUUUAAAUUUUUUUCGACAUUUUUACUUUUCGACAUUCCUACUUUCGACAUUUUUCUUUCGACAUUUUCAUUUUCGACAAUCUAUUUUUCUACGUUCUGUUUUUCGAGAUUUUUUGUCUUUCGAUGUUUUCUCGUUCGACAUUUUACCAUCAAACCUUUAUGUCGAAUAGGUGGUUAAAGGUCGAAAGGAAAAAUGUCGAAAGAGAAAAUGUCGAAAGGCAAAAUGUCGAAAGCAGAUUGUCGAAAAUCUAAAUCCUUUUUGCUCACAGAUUUCGCCCUCACCCUCACUGUUGUGCUCUGUGAAUGUGUACCGUAUUACAUUCUAUUGAUCAAAUCUUAGAAAAAGUUUUUCAUCAAGGAUUUACAAGGAUUUACAGGGGUUCAUAAUUUUCGACAUUUUGCUUUUCUACAUUUUUUUUUCUACAUUUUCACUUUCUACAUUUUCCUUUCGACAUUUUGACACUUUACCCUUCAUGUCUAUCCAUGUAAAGAAAAUGAGGGACAAAAUUAGAUUAAAAUCUAUUAAAAAAUGAUUAAAAAUUGAUUUAAAUCGUAAACCUUCUAAUCGAUUUUUAAUCGAAAGUAACCAAAAUUAUCAAAACUUCAGUGCUUAUUUCGAUUAAUUUUGAUUAUAAUCAAUUAAAAUUUGAUGAAAAAAAUCGAUUGUAACUGAUACAAAUCGACGAAAAU